GGACAGCACAGUUCUGAAGCUACUGGGAUCACUGGGCUCUGCAGCUGUAGCAGGGAUCUUCCUCCAUAAUGUGGCUGCUGGUUUUCUUAGUGUGGUUGGUGAUAUGGGCCGGCGGGACGUACUGGUACCUGUUUGGGAAACCGAGCCCGUUCUCCCUGGAGUCGCUGAGACCGCCAGGACCUCGAGAGUUUGAUCAGAAGAAGCGGGACAAGGUCAUCAAGCAAGGUUUCAGCCUCGACAAGGUCCCUGAGGGUCUGGACGUCAUCGUCAUUGGCAGUGGUAUUGGCGGACUGACGGCCGGCGCCACGCUGGCCAAAGCGGGGAAGAAAGUCCUGGUGCUGGAGCAACACGACCAGGCCGGCGGCUGCUGCCACACCUACAUCGAGAAAGGCUUCGAGUUUGAUGUUGGGCUUCACUACAUCGGCCAGGUCCACGAGAACAGUCUGCUGCGGAUCGCCUUCGACCAGAUCUCUGAGGGUCAGCUGGAGUUCACGCAGCUGAACCCCCACUUCGACACCAUCCAGAUCGGCCUGGGCGACGACAAGCGUGAGUACACCAUGGUGUCUGGGAAGACGGACAUGAAGACUCAUCUGAUGAAGCAGUUUCCAGAUGAAACCGAGGCCAUCGAGACCUUCUUCAAAAUCAUGAAGAUCUCAGCGAAGAAGACUCACUACCUGGCGACGCUGAAGCUGAUCCCUCAGUGGGUUGCUCUAUUCCUGCUGAAGUCGGGCAUCGCAGACCUCUUCUCCGAGGUCUUCCGCCUCUCUGGCACAGGCGCGUCCGGUUUGGUGAACACACUGACGAAGAACAAGGACCUCCACGUCAUGUUCUCCUACCUCUUCUACGGCGUUCCUCCGAAGGACUCCAGCGUUCUGAUCAACGCCCUCCUGAUUCAUCACUACAAACGAGGGGCCUACUACCCCAAAGGUGGUGCCAGUGAAAUCGCCUUCCACAUCGUCCGCACCAUCCAGAGGUACGGAGGAAACUGCCUGGUCCGAGCUCCUGUCUCCCAGAUCCUGGUGAAUGAGAAGGGGGCAGCGUACGGCGUGAAGGUGAGGAAAGGUCAGGAGGAGCUGGAGGUUCACGCGCCUGUGGUCGUCUCCAACUGUGGAAUCUUCACCACCUUCGAGAAACUUCUUCCACCUGAGAUCCGGGUCAAACCCGAUAUUCAGGAGCGACUGAACAUGAUGAAACACGCCCGGGGGUCGUUCUUGGUCUUCAGCGGCUUCGAUGGGACUGAGGAGGAGGUGGGCCUCGAGUCCACAAACUUCUGGCUGUUCAAGAACAAUGAUAUGGACAAGUCGAUGGACGACUUCUUUGCACUGAGCAAAGAGGAAGCACCAGAUAACAUCCCGAUGAUGUUCAUCACGAUGCCGUCCGCUAAAGACCCAGAGUCCAAAAUCAGAAACCCAGGAAAAUGUUGCAUGACAAUUCUGACCAUGGUGAAGUACGAGUGGUUCGAGGAGUGGAAGGACACGACUGUGAGGAAACGGGGCAACGACUACUACGACUACAAAAUGCGAUUUGCUAAGAACCUUUUCGACUGGGCCUGCACGCUGUUCCCUAAAAUCAGAGACAAGUUGGUUUUCCAGGAUGUGGCGACCCCGCUGACCAACAUGCACUACCUGGGUGCCCAACGUGGAGCCAUGUACUCCGCAGAGCAUAACAUCGAGCGUUUCUAUGCGGAGGCCGUGGCGAGGAACAGGUGCAACACCCCCGUCAAAAACCUCUACAUGUCAGGCCAAGACGUGUUCAGCUGUGGGAUAGCAGGAGCUCUCCAUGGCGGACUCCUCUGCUCCUCUACCGUGUUAGAUCACAUCAUCUACAUCGACCUGCUGCUUCUUAAGAAGAAGCUGAAGAGGAGGAAAGCCAACGAAUUGAAGAAACUGCAGUGA